AGUCUGGGUUACAAGCAGAGGGAGAGGCACAAAGUAGAGGCAAGCAAGAGCAGUGCAACACCGUGUUAGACAAUAUUCCACUAUCCAGGAUUGGAAGUCAUGAUGAAGCCGUUUUGCCUGUUGUUGCUGCUGCUAGCUAGUUCCGCUUCUGCAGUCCCUCUGGAGUCCUCAGGUAGAGACGAGUACCCCACCCUGCCAUCGCAGUCCCUUACCACAGCACCUGGCCCGACUGAGGCAAAGUCUCGCUUUGCUAUGCUGGAUGAUGUUCGUCUCCUCGCAAACGGCCUCCUUCAGCUCGGCCAGAGUUUACGGGAGUUUGUCCACAAGACCAAGGGCCAAAUCAACGACAUCUUCCAAAAGUUAAACAUUUUUGACCGAUCUUUCUACCAGCUCUCGGUGGUCACGUCUGAGAUCAAGGAGGAAGAGGAGGAGCUGAAGAAGACUACCAAUUUCUUGAAGGCCAACAAUGAGGAGAUCAGGAACCUGUCACUGGAAAUCAACACUAAAAUCAACGGCAUCAUUCAGGAGCGUACACAGCUGCAGAGCAAGGUGGGGAACCUUGAGGAGCGGCUGCAGGGACUGUCCCAGAGCAUUAUUCCUGCUGAUCAGCUUAAUGAAAUCACAACGCUCAAGGAAGUGAUUGAAUCUCAAGAAAAAACUAUCACCAAUCUCCUGAAAGCUGUGAAGGAGCAGCAUGAUCAGCUUGACAACCAGAAAACCAAGAUUAAAAACCUGGAGGAAAAGCUAAGCUAUGACAGCUUUCAAGAUACAGUCGAUAAGCUGAUGGAUUCAGACCCAGCAGCUCCUGAUAUGUUUGAAUAUCUGACAGAAAACUCAACUGACCUGGAAACACAUGACCUCACCAUUGACUGCAGCGAGUUGUUUAACAAAGGAGAAUCAAACAGUGGAGUCUAUGUGAUCAAGCCAAACCAAUCUGAGCCAUUCAACGUUUACUGUGAAAUGGGUUCAGAUGGGGGUUCAACUGUCAUCCAACGCAGGGUCGAUGAUUCAGUGGAUUUUGACCAGACGUGGGACAAGUACGAGAAAGGCUUUGGAGAUAUGGAAAAGGACUUCUGGUUGGGCCUAAAGAAGAUCCACAGCUUAACACAGCAGGGAGUUUACAUCCUACGCAUUGAUUUGGAGGACUGGAAGGACGGGAAGCACUGGGCUGAGUACCGCUUCUCACAGGACGGUCCAUCCAAGGGCUACACCAUUCAUGUCAGCCACUUCUCUGGUGACCUGCCUGAUGCCAUGGCCAACAGCACUGGCAUGAGAUUUUCCACAAAAGACAAUGACAACCACAGGAACUCCAACUGUGCUCGAAGCUACACAGGUGGUUGGUGGUCCAAUGCUUGCAGAGAGACCAAUCUUAAUGGAAGAUAUUUGUGGUUGAGGGCAAGAGGACGUGCAAUGAGAAGGAGGGGCAUUCACUGGAAGCCUGGCACAGGUCCCUCAUAUUCCCUCAAAACGACCAAGAUCACCAUACGACCAGCUCCUACUGCUGAGAGAGUCAACUGAACCCCACAAGUCUUACCUUUUCAUACAACACUACUGACAUUUUUCACAAACACUCAUAAAAGCUAAUGCUCAUCCAAAAAGUUCUAAGUGAACUAUAGUAACACGGACAAAUUCUUAUUGUAUCUGCACCGUUAAGCUGAUUGCAUCCUCAGAGCUUUUUUGUCAGAGGCUGGUGUUGACCAAUAGAUAGCAGGCAAAAAAUGUCACAAGUCAGAAAAUGCUGAACUGUCGCAAUGAUGCAACGUUGCCACGCAGGUCAUUAACCUAUUGGGUGUGAUCCAGCAACGACAGUAGAAUUGUCAUUAUGCAACAUAUGCAAUCAGUUGCAAAAUGGACAUAUUGAUCCACAUCAGCAACCCAAUUUAGCACUGGCUGCAAAAUGCCACAGUACUGCAGCAGGAAAGAAAACUAUAAGGAAAGAUUAGAAAGCAAUUCAAGAUUGCAAAUGUAUUUGACAGAAUAUGUAUUUGACAGCUUCUACGUUGACAGAGCUAUUGAAAAUGUAUAUUAUCUUUGUGAUGUGGAACUUUUGCAUGUUUCCAGGUGGCACAAAUUCCAACAGGUUCUUACAUAAGUUAUGCACAUUAUAUGAGUCAAUGGUCACGACAAACACUGCAUCUCCAACAUCACAAAAAGGUUGCAAACUGGUGAUUUUUUCCCAAUGAUUUUCAUCAUUUGUGUAUGGAAAAAAAUCCACAAAGUGCGGGUAAUUUAAGCAGUCAAAUACAGUUGGAGGUACAAAGCUUUUGCAGCACACUGAUUACUAUUUUUUGGCUUUUUAUGUUCUAUGCUUUUUUUACUCUGUAAAGUAUUUAAACCAUGUUCAUGCUGUUAUAUGUUUUAUUCUGGUAUUAUUAUAUAACCAUCAUUUCUGCGUGAUUCUUAUGUUACUGAGUCAUAUUGACUCUCAAUAUGUUCAUUAUUACAACAUAACUAACUGUACUGUAAGUGUGCUUCAUACUAACACAUCACCCUGAUAAGAAGCUAUGCGCUCUAACAAAUCAUAUUUAUAAGGACAAAAUAAAAAAAAAUCAUGACUAAAUGUUUACGAGUGUUGAUUUUUAACAUUGUAUUGAAACAGAUACUAUUGAAGAGGAAAAAAUAAAAAACAAGAAAUUAUUUAAAACUUUAAAUAACAAAUAAAGAAAUAUUCAAAAUUUGGAUGCUUCAAUUUGCAUGCUUGUAUAUUGCUAUAAUCUGCAUACAGUAAUAUGUGUGGUAGUGUAAGGAAUAACACCUGUUAUGUUUCCCAGCUCAGGGCCUGUAUCCUCCUGCUUAUAGCUCAUAAAAACAUUUUUUUAAUAGAGUUUAGUAGCCUGGUAGCACAGUUGAAGUUCAGUGACCUCAUAGAGUAUAAGUGACAUACAUGUAUUCUUUAUAGGAAAAGUAUCAAAAAGGCUAACUAAAAUUUUGUGAUCCCCAGGCAACUUUCUUAUGGCAAUUCAAUGAUAAAAAAAGAAUGUUCAGAUAAAAAUGCAACGCUAUGAUUUACUUUCACCCAGUUCUGCUGGCUCUCUAUUCAGUCUGGCAUUAGUUAAUCUACAACAGGAAACCGACUGGUUAUCUGCAGACAAACAAGGUCUGUGAUAGCAAGGCCAUGUCAGCGGCAACGUCUGGUAUUAAGAACAUCCCUCAAAAUGACCUUGGCAGAAAUAGCACUUUUUCAAAUAUGCACGCAGAUAAACGGCAUGUAACAUGAGGUGAACAUUAAUUAGAUACAUCACUCUGCAAUGCCUGUAUUGAUGUGUGUUCAUUUGUGCAGGUUGGAGAUUUGUUGAGGAUUUGAUUGUUUUCCUUCCGGCUCAAGGAGCAUGUGGCAUUUUGCCUGUUUUCACAUACAUUUUCUUCUAGGCAAUGAAUGCACCUAUCCGUGGAAAAAAACUGCUAGUGCUAAUAUCCCUCUGUUGUCCUUGGAUUACUAGGAUUAUAUUUCCCAAAAAGUGGUUAAGUAAUUAAAAAAUGACAAUUGAAAAUUAAUAUUGUAUCUAAUAUUGUAUAUUGUAUC